ACAGGCGGGCGACCAUGGGGGAACGAGGCAUGCAAAUAAAGGCGGAUUUGAAUAAGGAAGGAUGGGAAUCGAGUGACUUCCCUUUGGUAUGCGAGACGUGUCUGGGGGACAAUCCCUACGUCCGCAUGACCAAGGAACCUGCGGGCAAGGCUUGCAAGAUAUGUGACAGGCCAUUCACCAUUUUUCGGUGGCGCCCGGGGGCCAAGGCCCGCUUCAAGAAGACGGAGGUGUGCCAAACUUGUGCGAAAAUGAAGAACGUCUGCCAAACUUGUGUUCUGGAUUUGACUUACGGCUUGCCCGUUCAAGUACGGGACUCUGUCUUGGCGGAAGCAGCGGCCGCUGGGGAGGGAGGAGCAGCAUCAUAUGCGAUGACAGUCCCGCAAAGUGACACAAACAAGCAAUGGUUUGCCGGUCAACACGAUAGAAUGGUUGCAGAAGGCCAUGCUGAUUCGUACGGCAAGGCUCAAAUCAACGAAAAACUCAUGCGGUUGUCUCGAGCCCAACCAUACUACAAGCGAAAUUUGCCGCACAAAUGCACGUUCUAUGCCAAGGGAGAGUGCACACGUGGGGACCGUUGUCCAUUUUUGCAUGAGAUGCCCACGUCCCGCAGUGAUCCCCUGGCCAACCAGAACAUCAAAGACCGCUUCUACGGGCAGGACGACCCCGUGGCCCAGAAAAUGUUGGGCCGGGCGGCAUCGAAGGAGAAAGAGGACCAGGCACCCCUGAUCCCGCCCACGGACCCCGAGAUCAAGACGCUGAUGGUCGGGGGGAUGGAGGGGGGGGCGGUCACGGAGACGGAGAUGCGCGAAGCUUUUUACGGCUUUGGAGAGGUGGCCGGCGUCCGCAUGGUCCCGGCCAAGCACCUUGCCUUUGUCGAGUACACCACCCGGGAGGCGGCGGAGGCGGCGGCAAAGGCCCUGCACAACAACCUUACGUUGCAAGGGCUACGUUUGCGUGUGUCCUGGGCCCUUCGACAGGCGGGCUCUGGCCCCUUCAAUCCAGGCACUGGCACGGGGAGCUUCGCCAGUGCGGGCGGCGCGGGCCCCCUUGGCGCCCCACCGGACUUCGCAAAUCAACCUGUCAGCACGAUGGCAGGGCAGUCCCUUCCUUUGCCACCGCCUCAGCCUCUGAAUUUCCCGCCUGGACCCUCGCCCUCUUCUUGGGUACCCGGGAGCAACACGCUUCCCCCUCCUGGUGGCUAUCCGCCACCCGGGCCUCACCCAGGGCAAGGUGGCGUGCGAGGUCCCCCCUCUCUGCCUCCUCCGCAGCAGCCGUAUUAUCCCUCUAUGGAUCCUCAACGUAUGGGCGCACGACUUCCGCCUCAGAACCAAGCUGCUUCCUCCGGUCCUAGGGACCGCUGAGUCUGAAUGAAAGGAGAGACAAAGGCUGUUGAAAGGAGAGCUGUGAACCUCGCGAGGACGGGGUCGACAGGGCUUGCCCCGUCAAAGAAGCGGAUACCUGGAUUUGUACAGAUAUCGAGGCUCAUAUUUUACAGUUUGUACUAUGGUCGCAAUUAAAUGGAUGGCGAUGUGUGCGAUGAACCAUUGACUAGAGAAAAGAUAGAAAUUGGGUGCCUUGACACA